AUGCACUCAUUCCAUCAGGAUAUCGUCGAUGAUGACUACGUCAAUGUCUCGCAAGAGGUUGAACAUCAAGGCUCGACAGCAGUUCAUGAUGGAUAUCUCAACUACGUCUCGACUUACAUCGAUUCCAUCAGCGAGAUCCUCCGGCCAAUCAGCCUCAAGAUCCACGACAAUCCCGAGCUGAAAUUCGAGGAAUUCAUUGCUCACGAGACGCUCACCAAGUUCCUCAAGACAAGGAAGGGAUGGAAAGUCACGCCCUCCGCAUAUGGAAUGGCUACGGCGUUCGUUGCGGGGUUCGAUACCGGGAGGGAAGGACCGGUGAUAAGCUACAAUGUUGAGUACGCCAACACGAUUGAAGAUGCACUCACGGGGAUCGGCCAUAGCUGCGGCCACAACCUCAUAGCAAUAUGCUCCAUCGCCGCCGCACUGGCCGCUGCCUCCGCCAUGAGCGAAUUCUCCCUUCCGGGAAAAGUACUCCUCUUCGGGACGCCAGGCGAAGAAGGCGGCGGGGGGAAAAUCAAGCUCCUAGAUGCCGGAGCAUACACAGAGCACCGCGUCGACAUAAAUCUGAUCUCGCAUCCGGGAAACGUGCCAGACAGUGCACUGGUGCGAACGAACGCAUAUGAGAGCUUCACAGUCGAGUAUUUCGGCAAAGAGGCACAUGCGGCGGCGUCUCCUUGGGAAGGGGUGAAUGCGCUCGAUGGACUGAUCACGGGCUAUAAUGCGCUGAGUGUGUUGAGGCAGCAGACGAUGCCGGGGGAUAUCAUUCAGGGGCACAUUACGCAUGGGGGGAGCACGCCGAAUAUCAUCCAUGCGUACGCAGCGGGGGUGUUUGUCGUGCGGGCUACGACUAAGAAGCGAUUGGUGGUGUUGCGGGGAAAGGUAGUCAAGUGUUUUGAGGCGGGCGCGCAAGCAUCUGGAGCAGAAUUGAAGAUUACGCCGGGGAUGGAGUAUGAUGACCACGUUCCUAAUAAAGUACUGGGUGGGAUUUGCAGGGGGGCUUUCAACGGGCUAGGUGGGGAGAUUCCAAGCGCGGAUUUGGAUCUUAUUUGGGGUGCGUCGGGGGCGAGUACAGAUCAGGGGAAUGUCAGUUAUGCGAUGCCGAGCCUGAGUUUGGGGUUUAAGAUCGAGAGUGAGGAUGGACCGCAUAAUCCUGGUUUUGCGAAAGCUGCUAGGACGAGAGAAGCUCAUGGUGCGGCGUUGAGGGCCGGGAAGGCACUCGCUGUGACGGGGCUGGAGAUUGUGGGGAGUGAGGAUUUGCUGAGGGCUGCGAGGGAGGAAUUUGAGGAUAUGUUGAAUGGGGAGGAGGAAUGA